AUGAAGGUGAAAUGGACCCAAGUGGGUUUGGUGUUCUUCCUCGUUUUGUCACUGGUGAUGACAGGAUGCUUCCUCUGGCAAUACCAGCUGCCAAAACUGCUGCCAGUAAACGUCAGAAUGGGUCGGAAUGCCAAAUCAGAGAUGAUGUGUCCUCGCUUCCCCGAACCUCUGCCGCUGGAGCAUCCUAUCCCCAGUCUGAAAGAGGCCCUGGAGAAGGUGGACGCUUUGCUUCGGCAGAGUGUUAACCCUAUCAGCCUUCCCUCUUUGUCGGCCAUCGUGAUCUUAAAUGACACUGUUUUGUGGACUGGCAACUUUGGAAAAAGGAAUGGCAGUGACCCUCUCUCAGGACCCCCCAAUGAGUACACCAUAUACAGAAUUGCAAGCCUGUCCAAAAUCUUUCCGACACUGAUGCUGUACAAACUGUGGGAGGACGGGAAGAUCGGCUCCCUGGAUGACCCUCUGGAGAAAUACGUGGAGAACUUCACCAUCAAAAACCCUCUGGGGAAGACGCGGGACUCUGAGCUGAAAUACGUGACAGAUGGCCUGAUAUUUCUGGACAGCGGGGAGGUUCAGAUCCGCUCGUCCUCUGUCACCCUGCGCAGAAUGGCCAGCCAACUCUCAGGCCUGCCCAGGAGACUUCGGGCCACGAGUCUGCUUUGGAAAGGAAAAACUCAAUCUGCAAUCAAUCUGCUGCAAGAUGAUGUCCUCGUCGCGGACCCAGGCACCAAAUGUCACUACAGCAACCUUGCCUUCUCGCUGCUGGCUCAUGUGAUGGCCGAGCGAGUGGCCGCCGUCGACUACCAGCGGUGGAUCACAGACAACAUCCUGGACCGGCUGGGGAUGGAGGACACCGGCUUUGACAUCACCCCGGGGCUCCAGGGCCAGAUGGCUGUGGGGGUUUACUCUAACGGAAAGCCCGCACCGCUCUAUGACCUGGGCUGGUACCGACCUUCAGGUCAGAUGUUCUCCACGGCCGCAGACUUGGCCAAACUCGCCAUGGUGCUGCUGGGCGCUUACCACCGCAAGAUGCUUGAGCCAGACUCAUUGAAGAUCAUGCUGACCCCGCUCUUCAGGUGCGAUAAGGACUACUUUGCCAACCGCACCGGGACGCCGUGGGAGGUGAAUGAGCUAAUGGGCUACGAGAUGCUGCGUAAAGAUGGUGAUCUGGACGGCUACUCUGCCACCUUCUCCCUGGUGCCCAGGCUAAAGCUCGGCCUGGUGGUGCUAAUGGCGGGCAGCCGAUCGCAGAACCAGGACCUGGUCACUAAGGCCUACAGCCACAUCAUACCAGCCAUAGAAAAAGCUUUCAGGGAAGCAAGGAAGGUCCUUUCUUCACCGCCAAACCCAGAACCUUACGUCGGCUUUUUCACCUACAGCAACAUCACUUUCUACGAGAUCAAAGCCGGGGCAGACGGAGUUCUGAUCAUGCAGCAGUUUGGACCUCAGAUUGAAGAGCUCAUCCCAGAGAAGUACAGGACAAUAAAGCUCAACUUCCUGGUUGAGCGAGUCUUCAGAGUGGUUUUUGAAAAAGAGUACCCUUGUGUUUUGCGAGUCGGCACGGCCUCAGUGUCCCUGGAGGCCCAAGAUGGACAAUUAUUUAACUUCUACACAUUCGACAAGCGCGGUUUGUCCCCUGGUUUCGACGCGCCAGGACUGAACACGUACAAUGUGGUCAGAAUAGCCCGCAGGCCAACCUUCUCAAGCUGAACCGCCGCGAUGCUGCAGGCUAAAGCAAAGUGGUGUGUCCUUGGGAUAUGCGAGGGACUGUAAACAGAAAGGGUGAUGUGAAUAAUAAAAGACCAAGUGGGAGAAUUACGGUCAAAGAUGAGAUUGUGCUCUUGAUUUACAGAGAGCUCAAAGAGGCACAGCGAUACAUACAAUGUCCUGCACAGGAAACUAAUUACUUUCUCUGCCGAGUGAUGUAUAUGACUGUCCUUCAUUAUGCCUCCCGACUGUUCACAUUAUGGUGAUACAGUACAUGUUUUUCCUGCCUUCUUUGAAACCACUUUUACAUUGUCACGGCCUCCUCUGUCCUUGAGUUUGUAUGAAUAUUUACAUUGAUCUCAUUUUCAAUUCUCAGACCAUGAUUGCAGCUCCCCCAAACUAAUCGGAUCAUACAUAUUCAUCCCCCAGUGGUUAGAGGGAACAAAAUGUUUCUUUGUGUUACUAUGACCUACUGUUUGCUUCUGGCAGGUAGAACCAGGAUGUUUUCACGACACAUAAAUAUGCAUGAUGUUGAUUUAAUGUCAAGAAUCACGCACGGAGAUACAAAAAUGUUUUAGCUGCCCAAUGAGAGGCGAUUAAGGACAGAGAGGCUUUUGGUCGCCUGUGUGACCCUUUGCUGUUUAAUCCCUAAAAAAUGGACUCCAAUUUCG